AUGGCCGGUCCAUACUCGUGGUACCAUGGCCGGUCCACACUCAUUCAGCAGUGGUACCAUGGCCUGUCCACACUCAUUCAGCAGUGGUACCAUGGCCGGUCCACACUCAUUCAGCAGUGGUACCAUGGCCUGUCGACACUCAUUCAGCAGUGGUACCGGUCCACACUCAUUCAGCAGUGGUACCAUGGCCGGUCCACACUCAUUCAGCAGUGGUACCGGUCCACACUCAGCUCAUUCAGCAGUGGUACCAUGGCCGGUCCAUACUCGUGGUACCAUGGCCGGUCCACACUCAUUCAGCAGUGGUACCAUGGCCUGUCCACACUCAUUCAGCAGUGGUACCGGUCCCCACUCAUUCAGCAGUGGUACCAUGGUCGGUCCACACCCAUUCAGUCCCACAGCUAA